AUGAGCCAGACCCUGUAUAUCUGGCUAGCCCGUAUCGCAUGGGUGAUCAGCGUCCACUUCUUCUUUGAUGCCUGUCACGCCUUCAUCACCCUAAUCGCAGUUGGCAUCUUCACCGAAAGCUGGCUGGGUACAGCUGGAGAACCGUGGGCAUAUCCCGCUCUCUUCGGAGGCUUCCGGCUAUCGACGCCCAAUUUAAAAGGUGGGAAUCUCAUGAAAGCAAAUUCUUGA